GAUGCAUGCGGCCCUGCCAUACUGCUGGCGCUGGCCUGCUCAGGAAUACACCCAGGAGCAGCGGCUGGCAGUGAUGCCCAGGGACCACGUAUUCUCCACACAGUAUCCUGCACCAUUUCACCGUCACUCUAUCUGAAACCAUGUCAUCGAAGGAUACUGGAGGAGCUGUGCCAAAGUUUCCGAAGCGCGCAGACUUUGGCGCCGAUGCGCGGGUGCGGCAGGUGGCCGAGACUGAAAAAUACAUUUUCACCGACCCUUCCGACGGCAUGGAGUACGAGUACAGCGAGGACAACAGCGCGUGGUUCCCAGUAUGGAACGCGCAGCUUGUCGAACAGCAGCAGUCGGCAUACGGGAAAGCCGAAGAAGCUGAGCCGGCAGCGGACAGGGGCAAAAAGCGGAAAACUGAGAGGCCAGCCCGAGCGAGACGUGAGAACACUACAGUGUACGUGUCGGGUCUGCCAAAGGACACGACUGAGAAAGAGGUGGCCGAGUUCUUUGCGCAGUGCGGAGCGAUCCUGCCGGAUUUGCUGACAAACGAGCCUCGUGUGAAGCUGUAUCGGACCAAGGGGGGCGAGCUGAAGGGAGACGGCUUGGUCACGUACUUCAAGGCGGCAUCGGUGGAGUUGGCGGUGGAGAUUCUGGACGAUUCGCCUUUCCGGCUUACAGACACUGAGCGGAUCCACAUCGAACCAGCACAGUUCAAGGAGCGCGAUGCUGAGGACGAUGGUGCGAAGGAGGCGCCAAAGCGGCCACGACUGGAUCCAAAGCUGGUGCAGAAGAAGCUAAGCAAGCUCGAAAGAAAACUCGAUUGGUACGAGGGCGGCGAAGAGAUCGCAGAGCGGUACAAGCGCACGGUGAUUCUCAAGCACAUGUUCACGGUACAGGAGUUGGAGGAGGACGUGACGCUACUGCUGGACUUGGCGGAAGAUGUCCGCGAGGAGUGUGAGAAGCUGGGCACGGUGUCGAGUGUCAAGGUCUACGAUAAAUCCGAAGAGGGCGUGAUCUCGGUUAAGUUCAAGGAUGAGCUGUCGGCCAAGGCCUGUGUCAAAACGAUGAACGGCCGGUUCUUUGCGGGCCGUCAGGUCGAAGCAGCGAUCUACGACGGGCACACGCGCUACAAAAGCUCGGCAAAGAGGGCGGCAGCAGACGAUGACGGGCACGAUGACCACGACAAUGGCAAUGGCAGCAACGAGGAUCAAGAGCGGAUGGACAAGUACGCUGAAUGGCUGGAGUCGCAAGAGGCUCCGUAAUUUUUUGCUCGGGGUAGCAAUGCGAUAAUCGACACCAAUGUACAUAUGUGAUGCAUAUGGGGGCAUGACGCAUCUGCGAAUAGCCCACCACUGCCCGGAGACACAGUGGCAAUGGGUCUGUUUGUCCUUUGGCCAUAGUGGCAAAGUCAAUCGCGAACGCGGAGUAAGCAGCAUAUAUGCUGCUUCCCCACCUGUUUUUUCUCAACAAGGUGCGGUCAUUGUCCCCUGGUACACAAUCACAUCAAUAUAUGCGUGUUGCAAAAGAAAAAGGAACUGCCGCUUGGCCACGCAUUGCGC